AUGGGUAUCCCGAUGUGGCGCGAGCCUUCCGAGGCCGAUGCACUCAAAUCUGUGCUGGAAAAAGACCCUACUGCUGCAGGGCGAUCUUCGAUUCGCCGUGCAAAUGCGACCCGGCGUCCAUCAUCGCACCCUACCUCCCGCGCGCGCCGGCUGAUGUCCACGUUCCAUUCCCAGAUGCUUGAAGAGAUUCAACGCGGCAUAGCCGAGCCUCAGCUCGGCAUUCGCUCGCCUGUGCUCAAUCUGGGUGUCAGCGAGGAUGGGUUAGAUCUGGAUUCCAGUCGACGCGAAGCUUUGAGCCGUGGUACCACGCGUUCGGAUUCGCAACGCCGCACCGAACUCGCCCGACGCUCCCGUAGCCAUCGCGAAUUCCAAGACUACCUGGUCGCUCGAGCUGACGCCCAAUCGCGCAAUUCCGCUCGUCCUAAUUUAACACCCGGCUUUGCUCCGGCAGUGGCCUACCGCACAUCGACUUCUCCACUCCCAGCGUCGGAUAACAUUCAUCUCCCUGCCCUACCCCUUCCUUCGAUGCGCCCCUCCGCCCCCCUUAACUACAGUAGAACGCCCUCUGCCACACUGCGGGAUUAUCGUACUGGCAAUGCGCCGAGCCGGGUGCCCCGCGAUUCUGCCAUCGAUGGUCUAGGAGACCGCCAGCGGAGCCCAAGCCCUGAUGUGGAGCGCGAAAAUGAUGCAUGGGAGACUUUACUGUCCACUAUCACUCCGGAUGCAAACGCGCCUUCCACUGACACGUCUUUUUCGUCGAUGGUAUCAGCUGAAACCAGACGCAACGCAUCCGCGUUGGCUUCGUCUAUGCUCCCACCAAGUUCAGCCCCCUCGAGCCUGGUGCAUUUAGCGCUUGAUCCGUACCCCAGUACUCUUCAUCCCUGCGAUCUUUCUUCUUCCGAUGAAGAUGAGGAGGAUACUCCUGUCAACUAUCAUCGCUACAUGGAGUCUGCCAACCCUGCGGUCUCGUUGCUCCGCCCCGGCGUGUACUCAACCAUGAGCAGCCACCCUCCUAUUCCUACAAUCUCAUUUUCCUUCUCCGACUCGGGCGACACGGAUCUCCAACAGAUGCGGGCCAUUCUGGACCGCCUGGCUCGUCGAGAGGAUAUUCCCGAUGACUGGUGGGCCGGGGCUGGUCUCUCGCGCACCAUUGGCCGCGGCCUCAAUGCCGGUGCCGAGCGCAAUGAAAACGAGGGCAACGAGUGA